GCCCUCCAGGAUGCAGAUGAGAGGCAGACGGGACACGGCCUGGUGACAAAGGCUGCCCCUGUCAGCAUCGGCAGAGAGGUGGCAGCUGGCAAGGAGCCUGACAGCUCCUUCUGUGUUUGCUUUUCCCUGUUUGGUGCGAUCCCGAGCAGCCUGCUGGAGGCGAGCCACCAGUGUGAAGACAUAGGCGUGGACAGCAGAGCCGGCGGUCUGUGGGACCCCGGUUUCCCCAGUGGACACGGGCAGCUCUGGGUGCGGUCCCCGGAGAGGCGGCCGGAGGGUGCCCGCCAGGCCGCUGGUCGUCAGCACGAAGCCCGGCCUCUCAUCUUCCUGGGACGCGACAGCCUGGCCAGCGGGAAGAGAGACUCCAGUGAGAAGACAAGAAGACACGCAGCAGCGCUGGGUGGCAUGAGUAACCUUCCAGAACAACCGAGGAGUAAGCCUGCCUCUCCAGGCAUGACCACAGCACCGCUGACCCUGGAACAAGCAAGUCAGAUGUCCCGUGUUCUGGUUGGCUCCUGUCUUCUCUCUGCCCGGAAAGCUAGCGGGUGUAGUUCCCAGGAGACCGAAGAACAAGUUAAAGUGGGAGUGAAAGCAGGAGAUGCCCGAGGUGGGAGGUUGCGGACAGAGCAGGAUGCUGGGCUGAAGAUGAGACUCAGAGCGGCUCCAGCAGUGCCUGAAGGCAGGAGUAUGAGCGCCCGACCUCAGUGGAGUGGGGGGUGAAGGUCACUGCAGUGUCAGGAGUUAGAUGGGUGAGCAGCCGGAAGAUAUGGAGUGAGGGUGAAGGUCACUGCGGUGUCAGGGAGUUAGAUGGGUGAGCAGCCGGAAGAUAUGGAGUGGGGGUGAAGGUCACUGCGGUGUCAGGGAGUUAGACGGGAGGCUAAGACAGCAAGUCGUUACUGGACUAACUAUGUGGAUUGAGAAUGCGACUACAUGUUUCCUACCUGCAGGAAAAGAAUGAAGAAAUGUUGAAACUCCCAAAGAAAUAAUUAAAUGGCAGAUUUCUUUUUCUUCAAAGUUA